UUCAAUUGUUUAGUUCGUUUACUGUUAUUUUAUUUAUGUAAGCGAUCGUUUAUUAGAUUAUUGACUCAAUAAAACACAUCCUCACGAUGUCAAUAAAGUCCGCCGAUGCACUAACAAAUAAGUUGCAGCAAGAUCUCCUGAAUGAGUUGGUAACAACAAAUCAUCUUCUGCAAUUAAUCUCUCAAGAAUUACAAGAGAUCAAACAAUUAACAAGACCUGGUGGAGAAUUUGAAUCAAAUGUUGCUAAGAACACCGCUUUAACAAAACUACUGGCCGAUAUGCAUCAUAUUGAUGUAGACAAACUACCACCUGUUGCACGAAUGCGCAUAGACUUGAACCAUCCUUCAAAUCAAAACCAAUCUUACGAGGAACAUGACACGUUUAGGAAUAACUCCACUAUGGAAGAAGAUAAAUAAAAACAAACAUCACGAAAAUAAUUAAGCUGAAUUAUUAGGAUAAGUACCAAAUAAAUGAGCCAAUAAUA